CCGACAGAGAAGUCGCGACGGCGGGAGCUCGAAUCUGAGCGUUCGAUGUCGAUUUUGGAGACUGAUCUGUGGGAAAAGAGCAUCGAUCUGGUGGGAAUGGCGAUUGAUGACUUGCGACGAGCCCACGGAGUCGUCGUUGAUGGCGUGAACCCAGUUGCCGGAGCCACCUUUGCUGGCAACGGAGAAGCUUCUCUUGGCUUGCAAACAUCUGAUUUGGCGGGCGGAGCGACGGUGACAUCGUCCGUAGUUUCCGACGAGAAUAGCGGGACGAACUCCGUUGGUGCACGGAAGGCUAGCUAGCUGUGAUCUGAUAAUUGAGACGAAUACUUCGCCUAUGAAGACCGACGGGGACAACAUAUAAAUCCCUUGAUCAUCGACGUUAACGGAGACACCCUCGGCGCCAGAUCGGAGUCUCUUUUUGGGCUUGGCCUUUGUGUUGCCAAUAACGAAGAGGACUACGG